GCCGACACUACUUUCUGAACGUCCAGCACCAUGAACACGGUCAGCCAUGCUAAGCUCGGCUCGAUGGACACGAGCUCAAGCUCAGUGCUAUCGAAGUUCUCCUGAACCACUUCAAACACAGGUGCAAUUCCUCUCCUCAUGACCUCGUCAUCAACUCUUACGUCCGUUGUCCACGGUGGUCGCAUGAAGCCCUGCAAGUCCCGGAACUCUUACAUACUGUAACUGCAAGGGUUGGCCAGCGCACAGCGCGUCCUAGACACUGUCGACAACAUAAUUCAUGGCGCCAACUUCUUGACGAACGUUGCCACGUAUUUCUUGCCAGUGGCCAUACAUCGUCGUCGUCGCAACGGCGUCCUUUGACUGGCUGACGAUUCUCGAUGUUUUCUAUGUAGGCACCAACGACAUCAGAACACGUUGCUUCCAAACGCUUCGAAGUAGUCGAGAGGGUGUGCGGUGCCGUGGCCGAAUCUGCAGCUACCGACAUUCAGGCAUUUCGCCAAGGUUGUGACCCACUCGCCGAACGACGAUCAACGCAACGCCCAACAAGAUCAAAGGCUUCCGCGAAGUGGGACAAGACUACACGACGGAAAUCUAAAUUGUGCCGAAAUAUGAUAUCAACAGCCUGUCGACCUGUGGGACGAACGCGGUCUGGUACGUCGAUUUAUAAAUGUGUGCAUUGCUCGCCGAAUUCGUAGGUGAGGGUCGCUGCCUCAUCGCCCAGCAAGUCAUGACGGUCUUCACGGUGUCGCCCGAGUUGGAAGAGGCCGAGUGCCACGAAAAGUUGUUGGACCUCCUGACAAAUGAGCUUUGUUCGAUGCCGAGAAAGUGUCGGCCUGGUGAAGAUAACGUUACAUGGGUAUCCAUAUUCUAUGGUCAUACCCCAGCUACGAUUCCAGCUAUAGCCAACACCAACCCACCACCGCGAGGGGAACGAGGCUCCGUAUGCAACUCAGCCUGUGGUCAAGCUGUUGAGCUUGGUCAAUCGUCCCCGUUCAAGUCGCUCUCGAGUCGGUGGUGGCAUUCCCCUUAGAAUUCUGCCGAUGGCCGAAAGUGGUGCUCACUGAUAUCAUACGAGCAACCUCGUGAUCGCUGUAACGUACUGACUGAUCGGUACUAUGCCGUUUAUUCGUGUGUUCCGUGGUGACGCCGGUGCUCAAGUCCGAGCCUCGGGAUCUUCGAAUCUAAAGUUUGCGUCCAACCCUUUUGACAUCACAGUCUUUCAAUGGGAAUAUAUUAAUAUCUCAAUUGGAAUCGAAAUACCGGUAAAAAGAAUCACAACUGACUCAUUUGAUUCUAUACAG